UAUCAUAAGGACUCUGUCUGAUUGCAUAAGCUUCCUAGCCUGCCAUCUGCUUGCGUUUGUUUUCUUUAAACAUUUCAUUCGGUUAAUAUUAUUUUUUAAACGACGUCGAUAUGAAAUAAACAGCGCGUGUCAUUGUUGUGCAGCGUGGAGCACCAAUCAGCCACCGAUUGUCAUUAUGUUGGCCCGCAAAGGCCUUUUACCUGAUGGGUUCCUGUUGACACGACUCGCUGAGGAUGCCGCACAACCCAGUCGCAUCCGGCCAAAGUCACAGCGGGCGCGUUUCAUCACCAAGAAUGGCUCAUGUAAUGUUGCCCAUAAGAAUAUACGAGAACAGGGCCGGUUUCUCCAAGAUGUUUUCACCACCAUGGUGGACCUGAAAUGGCAGCAUUCCCUCCUCAUCUUCACUUCAGCAUUCCUCUGCUCCUGGAUGCUCUUUGCCAUGGUUUGGUGGCUCUUGGCAUUCGCUCACGGUGAUCUGGAGCCUCGAGAUCCCAAUGAGCCCGGACCUGUGCCAUGUGUCACUUCCAUUCACUCCUUCACAUCUGCUUUUCUGUUCUCCAUUGAGGUGCAGGUCACUAUUGGUUUCGGAGGACGGAUGGUGACGGAAGAAUGUCCGCUGGCCAUCAUAGUCCUCAUCAUCCAGAACAUUCUGGGCCUGAUCAUCAAUGCCAUCAUGCUGGGCUGUGUGUUCAUGAAGACGGCUCAAGCCAACCGGCGAGCAGAAACCCUCAUCUUCUCGCGGAACGCAGUCAUUGCCCCGCGGAACGGCAGACCAACGUUUAUGUUCCGCGUCGGGGAUCUGAGGAAGAGCAUGAUCAUCUCGGCCACCAUUCAGCUGCAGGUGAUUCGGCGGACAGUGACAGCGGAGGGUGAGGUGAUUCCUGUUUGUCAGCUAGAUAUCCAGGUGGAAAACCCUCUCAGGAGCAACGGCAUAUUCCUCGUCUCUCCACUUAUAAUCAGUCACACUAUUGACAGAGGAAGUCCGCUGUAUGAGGUCUCAGCGCAGUCGCUGGCUACUGAAGACCUGGAGAUCAUUGUCAUUUUGGAAGGUGUUGUGGAGACCACCGGCAUCACAAUGCAGGCCCGCACAUCCUACACACCAGAGGAGAUCUUGUGGGGUCGGCGUUUCGUCUCCAUUAUGACGGAGGAGGAUGCGCGCUACUCAGUCGACUACUCCAAAUUUGGGAACACAGUCCCCGUCCGGAUGCCGGCCCUCAGCGCCAAAGAGCUGGACCAAACCAGGGGCGUGCAGGACAGCGGGCCCCAUGAGGGUAAACCUCAGGGCUGGGGGCUGGUGAGGGCGGGACGGGGCGGGUACAGGAGGGGUGGCGGCAGGGCCUGCGAUGAUGCGGCAGCCAAGCCGUGGUACGUAACAACGGAGAAAGAGGAGGAGAAGAAGGGUCAAAAGAAAACGGUGAAACUUGAGGAGAUAGGCAGAGAGAUUGAAGAAGAGACAAUGGAGGACAUGAGCGAUUAGAGCACAGAAAAACCUUUUUUGUUGUUGUUUUUGAGCUUUGAAAGUAGAAAUGAUCUAGCAGUUACUGGAGGCACUAGUUGAAUUAAUAGUCAAACAUAUUAAAUAGCACAUAGGUCUCAAAUAGGUUUUAUACUACACGUUUUGUAAACUGUCAAAACAUGGACAACUGAGAAUUUCUUGUAGAUUUUGUCCUAUUCUGCUGGCAAUAUAAAGAAUUUUAGGAUUGUUUUGACAGAAAAAUGUGGUACUUGGCAGUACUAGUCAAGCCAUGGCGCCUAGUUAGGGUAGACAACAUAAAUAGUUUGAUGAGAUUAAAAAGAGAGGCUGUGGAGCAUAAAAGUACAGUACAUAUAGUCAAUUCAAAACUUCCAGGAUGAGAAAAUAAACAUGACUAAAGACCUUACUUAAUUCACACUGAACGUGUUUUUGUGUUUCACUGUGCUACUACGUAUGUAAACAUGCGCUAUACCAAAGUCCCUUUCAGUCAAGUCAUUUCACUUGGCGGCCAUCUUUGUAAUGCCUCUCGGGCAGCUAUUUUAGUCAUGCAAGUGCAGCUCCUAUCUCAGUGAAUGGGGGACCUUCAAAUGCUCUAAAGCACUCUAUUCACCAAUCUUACAAUUAAAUUUCAUAUUUGAAAUCAACAGUGAAAUCUGACAACUGUCUCAAAAAAAGCUUAUUUUUCAGGCAGGACCAGCCAGUGCGCAUGCACAGUCCUAAGUGUGCGUCUCAAAAUACGUCUGCGUCUGAAAUCGCAUCCUCUCUUGAGUAGGUAUUUAUCUUGAAUAAGUAAUUACUUCACAACCGCAAAAAAAGUAUGUUCUACAUAGUAUUAAUGUGUGUAGUACGAAUGUAAUCUGGACAUACUAUAUUCACCAUAUUGCCCUUAUCACGUGACCUACAGCAUCAGCUGCGUCACGUCACUGCCAUCCUCUCCUGUGGCCUCAUGGGAUAGUAAAGUGUCCAUCGUAUGCACACUUCAGAAUCUCCCCGGAAGAAGUAGAUCAUCCGGGUACUUUUUGCCUACUCUUUUAUUAGUACUAUACAUACUUUUUUGUCACAUACUGUUUUUCGCCUACUAUAUAGUAGGGAAGUAUGCGAUUUUCGGAUGCAGCCUGUCUGUAUCUAUAGCAACUGGAGCUUCUUACAGCAGCUGCAGUGGCGAAAUGACUUUACCAAUUGGCGAUUUGCUCUUUUAUUUUAAAGUUGGGACUUAUUCAGCCAUAUUAGGUGCUGCGCUUUCUCCCCUUCAUAUAGUACCGGUGUCAUGAGAAAUCGAGUCCCCCCCAGGAAUUGGGUCUCCUUUAGGACCCAAGGCGGUAAUGCCUGAUCAAAAGUUGUUAUCGUGAUGUCUUGACUAAUUAUAUUUCACUAUUGUAUGUUGUUUAUUACAUUAAGUGCACAAACAACAUGCUUGAAAUGUAAAAUGAAUGCCUAUGUAUUGCAUAAUAAAACAAACUGGAAACAGAUAUUGGAAGCACAAAACAUCAUAUAAUAUAAGCUAAGCUAGCAGGCUAACCAGGUAGAUGUAUGCUAUGCUAGUACAUGAGCUAACUAAAAAACAGUAAGAAUGAGAAAUACUAGUAUAUGAACCCUGACAUUAAUGGUCAUUAUAACACAUUUUAAACGAUACAAAUCAUAAUGUGAUUUUGCAGGAAUUAUAAUCAGGCGCCAAAAUACUACCCAUUAAAAGCCCUUUGAACCAAUGAGAUCACUCUGGGGGGAUUCAAUUUCUCAGCACACGGUAAUACAAGUUUUUUUUGUAUAUCUAAAGUCUGUGGCUAAAUGGAUGUGUUUGACCGUUGCUUUAAUAACCGCAAAAAUGCAUGACAUAGACCAGUGGAAUGGAAAAACACAAGGUCUAGAGAUGCGUUUUUAAGUUAUUUGUAAAACUUCUUUUAAAUUGAUGUUGCAAAGACACAAGGUGAAAUGGCCAAAUGCCCUCUAGUGCAUGUUUACAUAGAAAAAUACGGAAAAUGCAGUGAAAUACGAAAACGCGCUUUUUGUGGCUCAAACUGUUUAACAGACUGUCGUUCUGUACUCCACAGCUUUGUUUUCAUUCACGUCAAAUUAAAUAUGGCAUCUACCCAGACUAAAAUAUAUUGCUGCUGCUGUUGAAGCAAACAUGAGGCAGCUGUAUAUGUUUGUAUGUUGGGUUUUGAUUCCAUAAACCCUUUUAAAAUAUUCCAGUUCUGCCCUCCUAAAAAAUCCAGCAUUAGGUAUGUUUUGCAUGCUGGGACCAUCAUGGGAAGCUGGAGAGCUGGUGGAACAGCAAACCAGCUCAGUUUUGCUUGAGAACAGCAUGACUAUGUUAGUCCACCAGCUUGACCAGCACUAUACCAGCUCUAACCAACAUAAACCAUCCAUGGAAUUCAUGCUGGUUUAUUCUGGAUUUUUCAGCAGGGUGUUCUUUGCCUUUUUGUGUUCUCAUCUUGUUUUAUGAGAUGUGAUUGUGUUUACGUGACCUUUUUGUUUUUAAUGUGGCUGUUUUUAGUUUGUAAAUGUUGACAUAUUGUGUGUUUACAUUGUGUGGCCUUGUGCAAUUGUGUGUGAACUAGAGGACCUGAUUGAGCAGGCUGUUUGUGUCUCCCUAAGCUAUUUAAAUAAUCACUAGAAAAUACAUUCCGUGUUGAUUUCACUGUUUACAUAUCAGCCAGUUAAUUUAUUUUGUGUAUUUCAUGUAUUUAAUAAAGUAUAUGACAUUUUAUA